AUGGCUCCUCCAAGAAUCGCAAUCAUUGGCGCUGGCCCGGCCGGUCUGACACUGGCUCGUCUUCUUCAGCGUAAUGGCAUCCCCUGCACAGUCUAUGAAGCAGAACUGAGCCGCCAUGCCCGCACCCAGGGCGGCUGCUUGGAUCUGCACGAGGGCUCGGCCCAGGUGGCACUGCGCGAGUGCGGUCUCUUUGAACAGUUCAUGGCCGUCGCCCGCACAGAGGGCGAAGUCUUGAAGAUCUACCAGCCCGAUGGCACGCUGCUGCUCGACGAGGGCUCCGACUAUGGCGAGCGACGGCCCGAAUCCUUCAACGGUCGCCCCGAGGUGGAUCGCGUCGAGCUGCGCAACAUGUUGAUAGACUCGCUCGAAUGGGGAAGUCUGAAAUGGGGCCAGAAGCUGACGCAUGUCACGACAGAGUCCAGCGGCACCCGCUUGCAGUAUGACUUGCAUUUCGAAAACCAUACAGAGAGCGGAUUCGAUCUAGUGGUGGGUGCUGAUGGUGCCUGGUCCAGAGUCCGUCAUCUUCUCACCGACACUCGUCCCAUCUUUUCGGGCAUCACGGGGGUCGAUGUCAAGUACAGCCAUAUUGACGAAGCGGAUCCGGCCCUGGCCCAGCGUGUGGGAAGGGGUAUGUGUCUCACGCUGGGCAACCACACCACUGUUUUGUCGCAGCGAAACGGCGACGGCUGUGUGCGCACGUACGGCUUCAUGCGCCUGCCAGAAGACUGGCAUGUCACCUGCGGCAUCGACUGGACCAAGCCCGAGCAGGCAAAACGGGAGUUUGUUAAUCGGUACUAUAAUGGCUUCAAUGAUGAUGCGAAGAACCUGAUUCUCAACGCGGACAACGACGUCGUUCCUCGGCCUAUGUACAUGCUUCCGAUCGGCCACAAAUGGCUGCACCACGCUGGUAUCACACUCGUCGGCGAUGCUGCCCAUCUCAUGACCCCGUUUGCUGGCGUCGGUGUGAACGUGGGCAUGGAAGAUUCUCUGGAGCUGGCGCGAGCAAUCAUCGCCUGCAAGUCGAGCUGGGAGGAUGUGCAGCCCUUCUCAAAGGCGACCGACCUGUCGGUAGCCGUAUGUCAGUACGAAACGGCCAUGUUCCGGCGCGCAGAGGACUAUGCGAAAGAGACCUUGAUGUAUCUGGAUCUCUUCUUCAAUGAACGCGGAGGGCAUGCCAUGUGCGAGCAUUUUGCUCGAGCCAAGGAGCAGGAGAAAGCAGCCGCACCGGAUGAAGAUAUCAAGGCAGCUGUUGUUCCUGAGCAGGAGAUCACUGUGUAG